AAAAAUUUCUCAAAAUUUACCUAAAGUGUAAAUGUAACCAGUUAAAAACAACACGAUCCCUGAAAAAGUUAAGGGUUGUACUUGUUGCAGUGUAAAGCAAAACACUUCACACAACACAAGAUCUCUCUCUCUCUCUCUCUCUCUCUCUCUCUCUCUCUCUCUCCGCCAUGGACGAUCCACCGUUGCAGAACAUCGCAAUUUCCGGGCCCACACUAGCCUCCCUCAUCCAACGCUUCUCCACCGCGCCCUCCGCCAUCGACGGCCUCCUCUUCGGCCACGUCACCCACGUCACCCCUCUCAACCUCUCCGACGACUCCGACACCGACUCCUCCACCCUCCUCGCCACCGUCACCGGCUUCCUCUCCUCCCCCUCCUUCCAUGACUCCACCGGCGCCGUCAACCCCUCCUCCCUCCUCCGCCUAAUCCCCCCCUCCUCCUCCCUCAUAGGCUGGUUCUCCGCCCGCCGUAGAACCCCUCUCCGCCCCUCCAUGCGCGAAUUCUCCAUCACCUCCUCGCUUUCCUCCCUCUCCCAAUUCUCAUCCCCCAUCGAAAACUCCCCCCACCAUCGCUUCAACCCUUCCCUCUUCCUCCUCCUCGCUUCUCCCCCUUCUGACCCAACCUCCUCCCAUGUCCACACCCAUGAGUACCGCGCCUACCAGUUCCGCCGCGCCGCCCUCUCUUUCGACGCCAAAUCCAUCAACAUUGUUAACAUUGGACCGGCUUUUCGCGGCCAUUACGGCUCAUUCAGCCCUAACUCUCCGUUACCGGCCCUGAAUUGCCGCCUCCGGGGCUCGCCGAUGAAGGGCGACGACGGCGACGAGCGGCUCAGCGAGAUGAAGCAGGCUGCAAAGGAUCAGAGGGAGCUUGAUGCCUGUGUGGAGGGGUUUGAGGUUGGGAGGUUAAGCAGUUUGAUGGGUUCAGAGGCCACUAGUUAUACUCAGGGCUUGGAGGAUUUGUACCAGAAAAUGCUUGUCAAGAUUGAGACCUUGACUAGCUUGGUGGAGAAGAGUUCUGCUAAGGUUCUUGAGCAGGAAAAUCUUAACAGGAAGUUGAAACACAAAAUCUUGAGAUCUACUGCCUCAGAAUAACUAUCUUAAAUGCUGGUGAUCCCUUCUGUUCUUUCAGUUUAAGAGAUGAGCAAUGGACAAUUUUCAGUCUUCCGUGCCUGACCUGGAUCAUCAAAAACAAGAAUAUUUCUGUUUGGACUUCUGGGAUGAGCCUGUGGUAUAUGCAGUCCAGCAAUUGUAGAUGUUGUAUUUUACUUUUUGGUGGCUCUUCAAGCUGUGAAGCAGGUAGUGAUUGUGCAGGGUGGUUGAAUGAUUUGGUCCUCCAUGUAAGAAAGCUCUUGAUGUUUUCUCUCCCUACCCUGUGGUGGCAUUGGUUUCAUUAAUGAUAUGCCAACUGUAUUCUGUAUGUGUUGAGCGUUGCUUUUUUUUAAUCCCUUUAUUGAUUUCUAUAAUUAGCUUUACAUGUUAAGCUGCUUUGUUGUUUUUGCAAGCUCAGUUACAAGAGGGAAGUAAAAUCAACAUGCUUUGUGGAUUAUUGUUUUUUUUUUGAAGGUGUGGAUUAUUGUUAAAACAAAUGCAAAUUUAUCACUUUACUCCAA